GCAAUGGUCCAUUUAAUACUAGUAACUUUUUUAGCAAAAACAGCACACGCUUUCAUUUCUAGGUACUUCGAGUCCUAGAAAACAAGAACAUGAGGAUCUCAGGCAGACUACGCUUAGAACAUUCUCUGAUCCAGACUCCAACCUCGCUCCUUCUCGACUUUUUUGUUUUUCUCCCUACAUUUUCGCCUGGAGUUUACAGGUCUCAUCCCGAUCUCCUGUCCUUCGCUCGUUGCUGUUUUCUUCCUCCCCAAAGCCCCACCUCCUACUCCAACAGCUGAGGAAGAAGAGGGAAGGGAGUGGAGCGGCAGCACUGCCGUUGCCUGGGCAGGACCGGUGAGCGUGACGUCAGUAGACGGAGGAACGGCCACCGCAGCCGGGAAGAGGCUCCUCGCUUGGGAGGGUAGUAGCGGCUUGUUAGUGCAUAAACUUGGGGGAACUCGGUCGGGUUGUAUCCUGCUCCUAAAAUAUUCAGCUGAGCGGCAAUGUGAUGCUGUGGACAUAUUAGAAGUAACUGCAGGGGGAGGGCUGUCGAGAGAAAUAAACCCGCAGUGGGAUCUAACUGUAGAAGCAGCACUUGGAAUAGGUAUACAGCUGCUCUCCGGACUGCGCUGCUUGUGAAAAGAUAUUGUGGCUACAAUUAAUUGAGAGAAGGAUCAGUUCCCAAUAUGUGCAAAACUACUUUCAUGUGCAGAUGACUGUCUUUCCACUUACAAGGAGCCUAAGAUUAUAUCCUGUGCUUAACUACCUGCUCUCAAAAUUCUUCCUGGAAUGUAUUGGCUACUGAUUUUGAAAACAUAACUGAAAGACUUUUGAAAUGCCUGGAAUACAACUUUACAGGUAAAGAACCUGACAGGUAAUUCCUUCUGUUAACUGCCAGUAAGAGGGUUGACAUUUUCCACAAGCAACAUAUCGCAAAUUGAAACAGUCUCUUCCCAUCUCAGGAAAGGUGCACUUGAUUUGAUUGUUUCCAGCUGGACUGAUGUGUUCUUCAUAGUUUGGUUUGGAUCAGGAUGACGAGGAUUAUAUAGUGAUUUGCUGCAGAGCCACAAGAGUCCUGUUCCUCGAUGAAUGCCUUUGACUGUUGAACAGGAUCCCAACACAGUGAAAAUUUGUGGCGCAAAAUCAGCCUGUCUUGGGCAGAAUAAUAAAAAAUAAUUUUCUGUUGUUUAAAGUAAGAUAGAGGAGUAUAGAUGAUCAGAGAAAAGAAGAAACUGCACAAAAGGACUCAGACUUGUACAGUGCAAGACUGGUUCUGCUGAAGCACUGCCAAGUAAAACAAAAUGGCAGAACCAGCAAUUUACAGAGAAACAUCUAAUCGCCUUCUGCGACAUAAACUGCAGAGCCUUGGACGUCGUCUAGAUGAGUUGGAGGAGGCUACAAAAAACAUACAGAAAGCAGAAGAAGAAUUACUUGAUCUGCAGGACAAGAUCAUCCAAGCAGAAGGUAGCAACUCUGCUAUGCUUGCCGAGGCUGAUGCCCUUCGCAAACGAGUGCUUAAAAUUGAAGGGAAAGAUGAAGAAGUAAAGAAGGCUGAAGAUAUUUGCAGAACUGUAAAGGAGAAACUGGAACAUGAGGAAAAAAUCACCAAGGAUCUUAAAAAUGAAAUCGAAGUGCUUCAGAAGCGAAUGGCUGAACUGGAAAAGUUAGAAGAGGCUUUUAAUAAAAGUAAGACUGACUGCACACAGUUAUGUCUAAGUCUUAAUGAGGAAAAAAAUUUGACCAAGAAGUUGACUUCAGAGUUGGAGACACUUAGGCUAAGACUUAAAGAACUUGAGGAGUCUGAAAGUAGGUUAGACAAAACUGAGCAAAGUAUAUUAAUGGAAAUGGAAAAGCUUAAGACUUUAACAACUGCUUUUGUUAAUGAAAGAAGUCGUCUUUUAGAAAAACAAAAGCAGGAUAGCACCAUUAUCCAGGAGCUGAUGCAUAAGGUGGAACAGAACAACAGACUAAGUACAGCCGAUCAAAGCAGAAAUGCAACAAAUCUUAUGGAAAGGUCACUAAAUUGGUCUGAAAGAGGAAGGAUUGAGGAAGAAGAUAUUUCCAAUAAAGUCUCCAAGGAGAGUAGGACAAAAGGAAAUUCUGAAGACUUGAAACAGACAAAGAAUGAAGACUCUGAAACAAAAGAACAUGAGAAGAGUAGCGUCCAAGAGGACAACAAAGUCAAAGAUCUCAAUCAGGAAAUAGAAAAGCUUAAAAACCGCAUUAAACAAUUACAAACCAUUGAGGAAGAUCUUAAAAAAAAUGAAGCCAAGAAUGGUGAUCUAUUAGAAGACCUUAGAAGAGCUGAUGCCAAGAAUAAAGAACUCCUAGAAAAUCUUACAAAAGCAGAAACUAGAAAUAACGAACUUCAAAUAAAGAUUUUAGCUGAACAAAAUAAAACAAGGGCACUGAGUGAACAGAUUGAAGGGUUGAAACUGCAACUAGGAAACAGUAAAGUUAUAGAAAAUGGUGAGGUUGACACUGAAGAAAACAGCUUCUUAAAAGCACAAAAGCAGAAGAAAAGGUUUUCGGUGCCAGCACAACCUAAACCACGUGAUUCAUCACCUUCAAAAGAAAGAGAGAGACUCAGAAACAGGGACAGGAAUAUUUUGGAAAGCAGCACCAAAACUCAAAGUUCAAACCCAGGUGGUUCAAAACUGUCAAAGACUUCUUCUGGUUUGGUAGAGAACCGUAGAAAGCUCGAAGAAAAGUUGUGUUCCAGUGUUUCAUCUGUACCAAAAGAAGCUGGUAUUUCACAGAAUGAUGUGAGGAAAGCUAGAGAACCACAAUCUGCUCUUAACCGGUAUCUAAAUGCAGUCACUGAGAAAAAUACAACUGUGUCUUGGAAAACAUCAAAAUCCAGUGACAAUGGACCAAAGAAUAAGUCAGACAAAAUUUUCUCAGUCACAAGGGACACAAAUCAAAGCAAUCCAGAAGCACUUUUUGAAAAGCAAAAGCAGGACAGUGUGUCUGCAACCAAGUUAGGCGUUUCUGAGCCAAAUGAGAAUGAAGGUAACAUUUCAUCAAAUGAUAGCACAAGCAGUCUGCCAAAUGGAGUAUAUAGAGUGUAUAGGUCACACACACCUUCUCCACUUCCUGUAAAUGGAAAUGAAAGUGCACCAUUCACUGAGAAAGUAUCCUUUUCUUCACGUAGCUUAGAUUUUGAAGAAAAGUCUUCAGAGGUAGAAAUUGAUUCGUCCUCAGAAGUCCAAGCCACAGUUACAAAUGUACCUUCAAGAUAUGCUCGUCCUUCAAGGUUUCAGGAAAUCACCACAGAGUCUUCUGCUGUAAAAAGUGUUAAGGAGGAUACAGCUGCAGUUACUCAGAAUAAGGAGGAUGUGAAAAGACCAUUUAGUCCUAGAAUGGCACGGCAGACUAAGCAAGUAAUCAAUCCUAUUAUAAUUGACAGAGAUAAGAAAGAGAUAAUGGGAGGACCUACAGCUGAAAUAACCACUGAGAUACCUGGACAUUCAAAAAGUGCAUAUAGCAAAGUGACAAGUAGUAUAACCAUCUACCCAUCUGAACCACCUUCUCCAAGGGAAAGACAUACUUCCACAACAAGCAUAGUGCUUCCUCAGAAUGAAUCCCCAUUGCCUAAAAGCAGUAUCAGUCUGCCCUAUGAAAUCUCAAUUAGCAGUAAUGAUAUUGUGUUAAAACCUGCUGUCACUGUAGAUGCAGACAGUGCCUCUGACAACAAAAACAGAGCAGAAGUGUCAGUCAGACGGAGCAGUGUAACAGUAUCGCCAGAAGUAGUAGCUGAAAGCAACAGCAAUAAAUCUGAUUCAGAAGGUCUUACUAGGAGAAGUCACAGACCGAAACAACCACUUAAGGAAGAAUCAUUAGAAACCAAAAAUGUUACAGUGAGGAAUGUUUCAAAAUCAUCUCGCCCUACCUACUGGUCUGAAAGCAAGUCUAAAAGUGAGGACCUUUUUUCCACUAGCUCAAGUGUGAAUCACAGAUCUGUAGUGGAUAACAAUGGGAUGAAUGCUAAAAUGAACUCUUCUGAGCCUAGUUCUAGAAGGCACAGUCCUUCUAUAGGCUGGGAAGUGACUGAAGAACUUUUAAGAAAGUCCAAAAAGAUUUUAAAUAGAUCAGUAGCAGAUUCAUCUAGAACCUAUGAUCACCGAAAUGUUUCCGGCCCGAUUCCUUGGAGUCAAAGGCUGUCACCUACACGAGAUGGCAGCCCAGACUCUGCUUAUGGUUCCAGUAUUUCACCAAGAGAAAGAAUCUCCAGCUUUUCUUCUGAGAGAAUAACAAAAACAGACACUGGAAACAAGAGGCACUCAGUUAAACUUGAAGUCUUACAAAAUCGUAGUGGGAGCCCUCCUCGUCCCGUGGGAAGCAGGCGAGAAGAAAGAGAUAGGUUUUGGAACCGUCAGUAUUUGGAUCAUUGAUCAUCUCAGUUCUGGAAUUUCCUUCUGAUCAACUGAUGGUCUGAAAAAGACAGUCACCUUUUUCGUCUGAAAAUAGCACUCCAGCUUUUAAGUAACUGCCAUCUUAAUGCGGCUCUUGGCUGUCUUCUUUGGGUUUGCAGGAGCCCUUCUCUCAGAAAUUCACAACUGAGUCCAGCAGUACUUUUACAUUUAGAGGUUUUAUUGUUCUGUUAUAAUUUCUUCCUUCUGGAAAUAGUUUUACCAGCAUUUUAAUUUUUUUUUUGUUUGACAAGGGAGGACAAUGCAUUCACUUCACUCAGGGUAACAAGGUGUGUGAACCCUUCUGCACUCAUUGCACAAGGUUUGGCAGGUGCUGUAUGUUUGGAGUACAGUCUUCAACACAAGGAAAAAUAAAAAUAAAAACUGCAUUGGAUGCGUGGACCAUGUACUGCAGCACCUAUUAAAGCAUCAGACUACAUAAUCAAACUGUGUACAGAUUAAAAAUGUGUAAGAAGGUUGAGACCAAAGGAAGCAAGACAUUAGAGAAAUGAGCUUGCAUGCAUACUCCAAAAUCAAGCUUCAUUCUGAAUUUCUUUUUUUAUCUUUGACAUAUAGGAUCAGUCCUACAAUCAUGCACUGUUAUUGGCGUACUACUACCAGCAAGGAUCCCAGUAUUGUGAGACACUUUGGUGGCUUCUGCCUUAGAUACUGUGACUAUGAUAUUUGUUUGCAGGAGCAAUCUGAAGUCUGUGCCAGAGAAUCCACAACCUUUAAGUUGUGGUUGUCGAGUGGCCAACUGUAUUUAAACAAAGCAGGGAAUCCACUCUGUAAAUAUGUCUCCUUUCCCUCAUUUUGUUUUUAUGUGCAUGAAAAUAGUAAGAAUGUCUUAUUGUUUUGAUUAGUUUACAUUAAAAAAAAUUCAACAGAAA